AUGGUUUGCUUUACUACAUUCCCACUCGUGUUAUUUUAUAUAAUUCCGUUCACUUUGGGACUCUAUGACAAUGUUGAAGAUAAGAAUAUUAUCAACAACAAAGGCCAAAUAAAUAUCGUGGAGUUUGGCAGAGAAGCUUUAGAAAUUCUUCGUGAAAUUAUCCCAAAGCAAAUAACUGGAAAACAAAAGAAAAAAGAAUUUUUGGAUUUCUGUAAAAAAUAUGGCGACGAUAACCAGAAGGCUAUUAUUCGAUUAACUAACACAAUGCUACGAGUUUAUAAUGAAGUUCCCGAUAAUCUUAAAACUGUUAUUGAGAAGACAAUUCAAAAGUUUGAAAGCAAAGAAUAUCAAUUCGACGAUGAAUCAUUCGAAAAAAUUGCAGCAGAGUUUGAGCGCGAAUAUGAGCACACUGAUGGUUUUCAAUUGCUCGGCGUGAAAUUGAGCUUUGACAGAUAUCUGGACAAAUUCCGCGAGCUAUUUUACAAUCCAUUAACCUUGACCGACCAUCUCAACCAUACGUCCGACAUGGCGCAACAAUUCAAAAAAAUGCUCGACUACAUUUUUGAAGUCGAACAAGAAGAAUUCAAUGACGAACACGAGCUUUAA